GGGGUAUUUAUAGUCAUGGAGGUGCUGCAGAAAGAUUGUAGGGGAUUACCGACGAGUGUGACUGCACAUGGGUGGCUCCCAACGUGUCCUCUGUUGAACUGAAUGGAACAGGCUUGGGAGGGGAAGCUGUUGUGGUGAACCAUGGAUUUCAGCUCCUGCAAUAAUCAUUAUUUCUAUGAUGUGGAUAUGAAGGAAGACUUUUAUCGCUGCAUUGCUCCAAGUGAGGAUAUUUGGAAAAAGUUUGAGCUUGUGCCUGGUUUCCCCCUAUCAUCUGGGGGAUGCCCAGGUGGUGGUGGAACAGACUGGGCAGCAGAGAUGAUGGAUUUGGGGUGGGAGUCUCCUGUGAAGUUAACUGGGUUGAGUUCUGUAGUGCUCUUGAGAGACUGCAUGUGGAGUGGCUUCUCUACCAGAGAAAGGCUGGAAAAAGUAAUCCAUGAACGACUGUCUACUGGGUCUCCUCGUGUAACAAAUACCCAAAAACCUGUAGCUGACAAUGAAACCUCAGAACCUGGAGUAGACUCUAUAGAACAGAAUGCCACUCCUUUGGUUGUGCCGACGCCCAUUCCUGAAAAAGUUCCCAAUUCUUCUGGAUCUGAGAGCACCAGUGACUCGGAGGAGGAUGAGAUUGAUGUGGUAACCGUUGAGAAGAGAAAGUCUUAUGGUGGGCGACAACCAGUGACCAUCACUGUACGAGCUGAUCCAACAGCAACUAAACUCUUUCAUAUAUCCAUACACCAGCAACAACACAACUAUGCAGCCCGCCUUCCACCUGAUCCUAAUACCAUGUCUCCACAACACAACUUUCAUUCAACAGUUAAGGAGGAACCAGGAGAAGUAACUUCUCCACCAGAAUUGCAGCCAUGUAGUCCACAGAUGCCAGACUCUCCUCUAGCUUCAGGCAGUUCUGACAGUGAGGACCUUGCUAAAAGGAAGAAUCACAACUAUUUGGAGCGUAAAAGAAGGAAUGACCUGCGGUCACGAUUCUUGGCACUCAGAGAAGAGGUACCCAGUCUAUCGCGCUCAACAAAGACCCCAAAAGUUGUGGUUCUCAGCAAAGCAACAGAAUUUCUGAAGGGUCUUGUCAUUCAGGAGCAGCAGCUCACUGCAGAGAAGUUGAAGCUCUGGUCUCGACACCAGCAGCUCCUAAGAAGAAUAUCCCAAUUAAAAGGCCGCUGAAUGGGAAUUGACUAUGCCUGGCACAUUUGCACAUUUGUUUUUCCUGUGGGAGAAGGAGAAUGUUUGUGGGUGCACAAAAAAGACUACCGUAUCGGACAGUUUGCUCUUUGGAGCACAUUGGUAUAAAGGGCUUGUCCUAUUUUCAGGUGACUGAUUUCUCUGGUUUAAUAGCUUGUCUGUUCCCUCUUCUGGCCAAAAUCUGUUUACAUGUUUAAUUCCUCAUAGGUACUUAGACUUGGAAGCUUUGUUUAUAAUUUGUAAACAAUGGCUUACUCUUUGAAAUGACAGUCUCUGCUGUGCAUUUCAGGUAGAGAAAUUAUGCUAUGGUGAAGCUAGUCGUGUUAACAAAAAAUGCCUAAACUGUAAACUUCCUUUGGUCUGCAGUACAAAAUCUGUGUAUGUUGACUGCUGUAAUGCGCUUGCCUGGUUCUGUGACAAGUUCAGACUUCAACCCCUCAAUUUCUCAUUUAUAUAUACAUUUUAGCUCAAACAUACCAUAAAACCAAAAAUCCUAAAAACCUCUGAAUACUGAUCAAUCCAAGACUUGCAACUCAAAAUGCCAGUUUUGGGCACUGAAUGUCACUUUGCUUGGUAAGAGUUCUGUUGCCAGUGGAGGGAACGCAAUGUUAUAAACCAUUCUAUACCUCACUCUCGUCACUUUACACUCCAUUUAUUUGUGUUGUUUUAAAACCUGCUGCUGCCUGUGGAUUUUUUUUUGUACUGAAUGAAAAUUUAUAUUGUAUUUUUGUAUAUCUUUGGGAGGAAUUGUGAUUUAUAAAAAAACAAAACUUAACGUGUUAGCAGCUGAAGGCAUGGGACUCUCCUGCUAUAAAUCUUUACUUGAGUAUUUCACCUCACACAGAUCCUUCUCAGCAUUGGGCUUAGUCUGGAGAGGAGACUAGUUAGCUUUGGAUAUAAGCAAUAGUCUGAGCCCCCCCCCCCCCCCCCAGGAAUUUACAGUGUUUACAUAGAUUGAGGUGACCGCUACACUGCAUAUAUUCCACCUGUUGUCCUGCCUACAAAUUGUAGUACCCCAGCACUCAGAUAUACAAGACUAUUGCAAUACAUGCUAUAAAAAUACUUGGCCCCAUCUGGCUCACAAAGAGGUAGGAGAGCCAGGAGUGCUUCAAUUUUUAGCAUUUGAGUUCUAAGAACAGACUAUGGCAAUUCAGCUUUGGGACAAACAACUUUGGUAUACCCUGUCAGUUUAGGUGGUCCUCAUGAUGAGAGUUGUAGCUCUGCAACAGCUGGGCUGCCAAAGGUUUCCUGUAUUAAACGAUGGAUGAGCCUUCCUUGUGUAGGUAUAUCCCAGACUAAACUAACUACUGUUUUUGUUUUAGAUUGUGGCAUUAACCCUUUAUAAAACCAGAAUUUUUUUCACCAGAUUUAAUUUCUUGUGAUCUAGUUGCUUCUUUAAUAUAAUUAAUAACUACUUAAUUGGCUCCUUUUUCCUGCUCAGAUUAUAGGCAAUAUAGUUUCUGAUAAUAGGGAAACUGAUGAUAAAGUCUGAAUUUUUCCAGAAGCCUAAAAUAAGCAAAACUCUAAAAUUUAAGUUCUAAUAUGAAGUUAUUAUAGGUAGUAUACAGAUGUCUUUUCCAUUGUUUCUUGCAGAAGAAUAUAUACACCAUAUAGGGUUUGUUCUAUGGGGGCAGAGCUUCACUUAUUACAAUUUGUUUUGAAAGAGAGAAGCCGAUAACUAGACUGGGCAUUCUUGUAGUUUUUAAAAUGGCAACCUCACCCCAAAAAGAAAUUUGUCCAGCGGAAGUGUGUCCUAAUAUUGCAACACACAUAAAUCAUAUAUAAUUUCAAGAUUUAUAAAUGUAAUUGCCAUUGAUGAAAGGAGUAGUCUGUCCUUCGUUUUAAUAGCAUUUGUAGUCUGAAGAUAUGGCAGCAGUAGUAACCUCUCAUUCAUACUCAAAUUCUCAGUGCCUCACAUGUUUUGCGAUUCUUUCACAGGUAUUUGGAACAUGUAAGGCAUUGUUAGAAAUGGGAGUCUUGGCUGCAGUACAUAAAACUGAAUACUGCAAUGGGUCGUUUUAAUAGGACAAGCUGCUGCUUUCAACAUGAAUUACAUUUACAAAUAGCUUUAAAGUCUAUGAAACUGCUAAUGUAUCUUGAUAUGUUUCAUAGAAUGACCUUUUUAUUUCAUUGUGCAAAAUGUUAGUUUGGGUGGAGUUCUCAUCUAACCUUAUUGACAUUACUAGAUGAAGAUGCUACACCUGAAUGUUUGAAGAGUGCCUGGGCUAUGGCAAACAAUGUGUUUCCACUCGUGUGCAUAUUCCAAAACUGAAUGACUUGCAUUCAAAGAAUGCUCUGCACUAUUACUCUUUGACCGGAAACCAUGAAGAUAAACCCUACUAACAUGGCAUUCUUUUGUCCUUGUCUUUGUUUUCUUUUACUGUCUUAAUGUUUAUGUAAAGCUGUACACUACAGUGAGAAAUUGCUUAUGAGUGUGGAUAAAUGCAGAGUUCAUGCAACUGUUUAAGCUCUGAAUUUGGAAAUAUUCUGCAUACUGCAACAUGCUCUUUCAUAUGGAAACCUCUGGUAAAUGGCAUAUGGUCAUUUAAAAAGCACUUUGUUAUGUAGAUAAAUGUAUUGUUUGGGCCUCAAAUCUGUCACGAGCAUCAGUGUGUUAGAGGGAAGAAAUUUAUUGCAAGACCUUUCUCAUUUUGAUGCUAUUUUGACCUAAUAAAUCUGCUUUGCACGGGA